UCAUAUUCAUCAAGAGCACUACCAAGAUACUCUACAUUGAAAAGAAAAAAAAACAUACGUACCAAAAACGAAACAAUAUACAAAACUAUGGCUGUGACUAAGUCAUCGUCACUGGUUCUAAUCACCUUGAUACUGGCUAUGUCGUGCCUAGUCUCCGAGAGCCGGAUUGCAAGAAAAGACUUGGGUUUGGACCUUGGCGGGAUAGGGGUAGGGAUCGGUACUGGCAUCGGCAUAGGUCUCGGUGGAGGUGGAUCCGGAUCCGGAGCUGGUGCCGGGUCAGGAUCCGGAGGAGGAGGAGGGUCAAGCUCUUCUUCCUCUUCUAGCUCCAGCAGCUCUUCUUCUAGCUCUGGGGGUGGUGGAGGUGAAGCGGGAUCAGAAGCUGGAUCAUACGCGGGGUCACGUGCAGGGUCUGGUUCUGGUAGAAGUUCCGGGUCAGGCCGUGGAAGAGGAGGUGGUGGUGGUGGUGGAGGGGGUCAUGGCGGAGGAGGUGGUCGCGGUGGAGGAGGUGGAUCCGGUAAUGGAGGAGGGUACGGUGAAGGCGGUGGAUAUGGAGGAGGUUACGGUGGCGGCGGCGACUGAAUGCAUGCAUGCAAUAUCUAAUUGCUGCUAUGUGUUUUACUUUUACGUAAAUAUUAUUAGUAUAUUAUUAGUAUGAAAUAAAAGAAAAAAGCUAGAAAUUUAAUUUUCUAAAGUGGGUGAAUAAAGGAGAUAGAAAAAGCUCAUGUCGUGUUUGGUUAAUUAUGUACUCUUCCAUACUCGAAAUGGAUUCUUGUUGUUGUUGUUGCUUUACUCUUGUACUAUAAGUCUAUAAGUAUGUUGUAAUUUUCCAGUUAUGAUAGUUGAUAAAUAAAUGCAUUGUCGUGUGUUUUAUUUUCCGGCA